AUGCAAUGCCCAAAAAACUCACAAGGUGGUAUUCAUUGGGACGCAACAGCUGAACAUCCGCUAAACGACAGUACGAAAAGUCAGAAGGAGGCGGAUCAGUGGUUGAGAGAAGAACGUGAAAAUGAGUCUACGACUCGCAAGGAGUUGAAAACGAAGCCUAACGACAGCAUUCAACUCAUCGAGUCCCUUAGGCAGAACGAAGGGAAGCUGAAAGCGCAGCUGAAAACGGCUGAACAGGAAAAAAAGGACACAGACGUCCGUUGCAAGAAGGCGGAACGACAGCUGGAAGAAUGUCGCCAUCGACACAACGACGUUCAAUGGAAGUAG